AUGGCUGAUGCUGCACAGGUCUGGCUUUUCCUUCCAUCCCUUCUCAGGCUCUCCUGGGAACCUCCUGCACUCUUCCCUGCCAGGAGCCAGGGACUCCUGCUCCUGGGGAGAGGGUUUGCCCAAGGGGUGCUGGAAUGCUUGUGUCUGCCUUGGGGUGGUUUGGAACAAAUCAGCUGUGGCUGCACUCAUCAGGGGCUCCUUUGCUGGCCCCAUGGCCACCAGGACACCUUUCUCUUUGUGGAGUGGGCAAGGUGCAGAGUGGGGUUGGGGGUUGUAACUCCAGGAGAGGCUGUGCUGCCAUCACCAUCCCAGCCCUGUGUGACCUGGCAGUGGCUGCACAACCUCCCUGGCUGUUGUUCUGCCUGUGCCAGCCCCUGUGUGAGCUGGCUGAUGCUGGCAGUGGCUGUACAACCUCCCUGGGUGUUGUUCUGCCUGUGCCAGCCCUGUGUGAGCUGGCUGAUGCUGGCAGUGGCUGUACAACCUCCCUGGGUGUUGUUCUGCCUGUGCCAGCCCUGUGUGACCUGGCUGAUGCUGGCAGUGGCUGUACAACCUCCCUGGGUGUUGUUCUGCCUGUGCCAGCCCUGUGUGAGCUGGUUGAUGCUGGCAGUGGCUGUACAACCUCCCUGGGUGUUGUUCUGCCUGUGCCAGCCCUGUGUGACCUGGCUGAUGCUGGCAGUGGCUGUACAACCUCCCUGGGUGUUGUUCUGCCUGUGCCAGCCCUGUGUGAGCUGGCUGAUGCUGGCAGUGGCUGUACAACCUCCCUGGGUGUUGCUCUGCCUGUGCCAGCCCCUGUGUGACCUGGCUGAUGCUGGCAGUGGCUGUACAACCUCCCUGGGUGUUGUUCUGCCUGUGCCAGCCCUGUGUGAGCUGGCUGAUGCUGGCAGUGGCUGUACAACCUCCCUGGGUGUUGUUCUGCCUGUGCCAGCCCUGUGUGAGCUGGCUGAUGCUGGCAGUGGCUGUACAACCUCCCUGGGUGUUGUUCUGCCUGUGCCAGCCCUGUGUGAGCUGGUUGAUGCUGGCAGUGGCUGUACAACCUCCCUGGGUGUUGUUCUGCCUGUGCCAGCCCUGUGUGAGCUGGCUGGGUGCUGGCAGUGGCUGUCCAACCUCCCUGGGUGUUGUUCUGCCUGUGCCAGCCACGUUGUAAAUAGACCCGAAUCCUAUAUAUAAAUAUAUAUAUAUAUAAUUUUUUACAUGUUA